CGAGGGGAGUUUUCCGCGCGGUGGCCGUUGCUGGGAUACGCGGCGUCGCGCAGGGCUUUGAGGCCUGGCGCCCAGGCAGUGUUUAGGGGAGCGGUACUGCUUGUCCGGGCUCCCCAGAGAGAGGUUCGUGUUGCGGGGUCCCCAGGGCUAUUCGCCCCGGCAAGUGGUUAAAGUGAACAAUGGCCAGUAACCACAAAUCUCCAGGCCCUCGCCCUAUUUCUCGGGGUGGAAUAGGGUUAACAGGAAGGCCUCCUUCUGGAAUAAGACCCCCAUCUGGAAACGUUCGAGUGGCAACUGCAAUGCCACCAACAACAGCAAGACCAGGUUCUCGUGGUGGUCCCUUAGGGACUGGUGGAGUUUUGUCAUCUCAAAUCAAAGUUGCUGAUCGUCCUGUAACCCAACAAGGUUUGAGUGGAAUGAAAACUGGGAUGAAAGGUCCCCAGAGGCAAAUUUUAGACAAAUCUUACUAUCUUGGACUUCUUAGGAGCAAAAUAAGUGAACUUACAACUGAAAUUAAUAAACUCCAGAAAGAGAUAGAAAUGUACAACCAAGAAAAUUCAGUAUAUUUGUCAUAUGAGAAGAGGGCAGAGACAUUAGCUGUUGAAAUUAAAGACUUUCAAGGACAACUAGCAGACUACAACAUGUUGGUAGAUAAACUCAAUACCAAUACUGAAAUGGAAGAAGUAAUGAAUGAUUACAACAUGCUUAAAGCUCAAAAUGAUCGAGAAACACAGAGUAUGGAUGUCAUAUUCACCGAAAGACAAGCGAAGGAAAAACAAAUCAGAAGUGUAGAAGAAGAAGUUGAACAAGAAAAGCAAGCAGCAGAUGGCAUUAUCAAAAAUAUGUCUCCUGAAAAACAAGUCAAGUAUAUAGAAAUGAAAACCACAAACGAGAAACUCUUGCAGGAAUUAGAUACACUUCAACAACAACUAGAUUCAUUGAACAUAAAAAAGGAGAGCCUAGAAACUGAAAUAGCACACUCCCAGGUAAAACAAGAGGCUGUAUUGCUACAUGAAAAACUUUAUGAGUUAGAGUCUCAUCGAGAUCAAAUGAUUGCAGAAGACAAAAGCAUGGGAUCGCCAAUGGAGGAGAGGGAGAGACUGCUGAAACAGGUUAAAGAAGAUAAUCAGGAAAUAGCCAGCAUGGAGAGGCAGUUAACAGAUAUAAAGGAAAAAAUAAAUCAGUUUAGUGAAGAAAUUAGACAACUUGAUAUGGAUUUAGAGGAACACCAAGGUGAAAUGAACCAAAAAUAUAAGGAGCUUAAAAAACGGGAGGAAAAUAUGGAUGCUUUUAUAGAGACUUUUGAGGAAACAAAGAAUCAGGAACUGGAACGGAAGGCACAGAUAGAAGCCAGCAUUGUCGCCCUGUUAGAGCAUUGCAGUCGGAAUAUAAAUCGUAUGAAACAGAUAUCCUCCAUCACCAACCAAGAGCUAAAGAUGAUGCAGGAUGACCUUAGCUUUAAAUCAACUGAAAUGCAGAAGUCACAGACAACAGCCAGGAAUUUGACCUCAGACAGUCAGCGUUUGCAGCUGGAUCUGCAGAAAAUGGAACUUCUGGAAAGUAAGAUGACAGAGGAACAGCAGUCUCUGAAAAACAAAAUUAAACAAAUGACUGCUGACCUGGAGACAUACAGUGACCUGGCAUCUUUAAAGUCAUCUGCUGAAGAAAAGAAGAAGAAAUUGCAUCAAGAAAGAACAGUGUUGUCAACCUACAGAAAUGCCUUUAAGAAAACAAUGGAGAAGCUGACAACAGAUUAUGAGACCCUGAAAACACAACUGCAAGAAAAUGAGACACACGCCCAGCUUACAAAUUUGGAGAGGAAGUGGCAGCACCUCGAGCAAAAUAAUUUUGUGAUGAAAGAGUUCAUAGCAACCAAGAGUCAAGAGAGUGAUUACCAGCCGGUUAUUAAAAAUGUGAUGAAGCAGAUUGCAGAAUACAAUAAAACCAUCAUGGAUGCUCUACACAAUGGCAGCAGGAGCUGAGAUCAGUUGACUGCAUCUAGAAGCAUCCCCAAGCAUGCUAAAAGUAACCUAGCUUCCUUCCUCUUGAAGAGUUAGACCCCAGGUUUUUGAAUGCCAUGUUUUGAUCUUCUAGAAGGAGAAACAUCUUGCAUAGUAAAUAGUUCAAUAAAAGGUUUGCUGUUGCAAGUCUUUCUCUCUCCCACCAGCUAGCUCUCAGACCAUGACACGGAGAUGAACUAAUUGUGAAAGCUUGGCAAUAGCUUAGGCUUAUUUCUGACUAGCUCUUAUUACUUGAAUUAACCCAUUUUUUCUAAUCUACAUUCUUUUAUGUGGCUCAGUUACCUUUACUUUGUAAUGCCCAUACUGCUUGGUAUGUGUCCUGGUUUCUCCUCCCUUCUUCUUCCCAGAGUCCUCUGUGCCUGGAAAUCCUGUUGUUCAAUUUGUUAAAUUUUUUUUCCUUUAUGAAAUGUCUUUAUAUGUGUAUGGAACCUAUGCACAUCAUUCUGUAUAUAUUUAAUUAUUUCUACAUUGCCUAUAAUACCUAAUACAAUGACAACAAGGCUCAUACUGUAUUGAUUGACUUAGGCAAUCACAAGAAGACUAUCUGUACUUUUUCAGCAAAGAAACAGUUUUUCCCCAAAUAUAUUUAAACUUCUUUAUUGAAUCUU